GGGGGAAGGCAAGCGGGCCGGUCGGGCCGGUCGCCAGCCUCGAUGGAGCGGGUGAGCGAGGCGGCCGUCGCUGCUGCCGCCGCCGCUGCCGCCGCCGCCAAUUCCUGCGGCCCGUCCCCGCCGGGCUGCUACACGUACCAGGUGAGCCGCCACAGCGCCGACCUGCUGCACAGCCUCAACCAGCAGCGCAAGAACGGCGGGCGCUUCUGCGACGUGCUGCUGCGGGUGGGCGACGAGAGCUUCCCCGCGCACCGGGCGGUGCUGGCCGCCUGCAGCGAGUACUUCGAGUCGGUCUUCAGCGCCCAGGGGCUGAGCGGCGGGGGCGACGGAGGGGGCGCGGGAGGGCCCGGCGCGCAGGACGGGGGUUCCGCCGAAGCCGCUGGUGGCGGGGCCGGUGCCGGCGGGGCCCCCGGGGUGGGCAGGGAGCUGGAGAUGCACACCAUCAGCUCCAAGGUGUUUGGGGACAUCCUGGACUUUGCCUACACCUCGCGCAUCGUGGUGCGCCUGGAGAGCUUCCCCGAGCUCAUGACCGCUGCCAAAUUCCUCCUCAUGCGCUCUGUCAUUGACAUCUGCCAGGAGGUCAUCAAACAGUCCAACGUGCAGAUACUAGUCCCGCCGGCCGCUCGCCCCGACAUCAUGCUGUUCCGCCCCGGCGCGGCCACCACUGAUCUCGGCUUCCCCCUCGACAUGACCAAUGGCACUGGACUCGCGCCCAACGGCAACGGGAUUGCUGGGAUGCCCGAAGACGAGGCCACGAGGGCUGUCCUCUCUGCAGCCGCCCAGUCGUCCUUGCCUGUUCUGCAGGGUGUGGACCGCCUGCCCAUGGUGGCGGGCCCUCUGUCCCCACCCCUGCUGGCUUCACCCUUCCAGAACGUCAGCCCUACCGCUCCCUCGUUGAACAGCAAAAGGGGAAGGGGCCGACCCCGCAAAGCCAACCUCUUGGACUCCAUGAUGUUCAGUGCUCCAGGGGGCUUGAGGGAUGCUGGUAUUCUUCCUUGUGGCCUCUGUGGGAAAGUUUUUACAGAUGCCAACCGCCUGCGGCAGCACGAAGCUCAGCACGGGGUCACCAGCUUACAGUUGGGCUACAUCGAUAUCCCGCCGCCGAGGCUCGGUGAAAACGGGGUGCCAGGUCUGGAUGACCCCGAGGCCCCCCGAAAGAGAAGCCGGACAAGAAAGCAGGUGGCUUGUGAGAUCUGCGGGAAGAUUUUUCGGGACGUGUAUCAUUUGAACCGGCACAAGCUGUCACAUUCUGGCGAGAAGCCUUACUCCUGCCCGGUGUGCGGGUUGCGGUUCAAGAGGAAAGACAGAAUGUCCUAUCAUGUUCGGUCUCAUGAUGGGUCUGUGGGGAAGCCUUACAUUUGUCAGAGCUGCGGAAAAGGUUUCUCUAGGCCUGACCACUUGAACGGGCACAUCAAACAGGUGCACACAUCAGAGAGACCUCACAAAUGUCAGCAGGAAAUGUCCAGCCUCCAUGGAAUAAGCUCAGAGACAUCUACAUCCAUAGAACAGUUGAAACUUCAAGAGACUUGCAAUGCUUCCUUUGCUACCCGUGACCGGCUGCGCUCGCACCUUGCGUGCCAUGAAGACAAAGUUCCAUGCCAGGUCUGCGGGAAGUAUUUGCGGGCAGCGUACAUGGCCGAUCAUUUGAAGAAACACAGCGAAGGACCAAGUAACUUUUGUACCAUCUGCAACAGAGGUUUCUCCUCUGCCUCCUACUUAAAGGUCCAUGUUAAAACCCACCACGGUGUUCCCCUUCCCCAGGUCUCCAGGCACCCGGAGCCCAUCCCGAAUGGGGGAGCAGCGUUCCACAGCAUCAGGACCUAUGGCAUCAAAGGCCAGAAAUGCUCACAUUCGGACCAGAUUGAGAGUUCAGAUUCCUAUGGCGAUCUCUCCGAUGCCAGCGACCUCAAGACCCCUGAGAAACAAAACGCCAACGGUUCCUUCUCCUGCGACAUGGUGGUCACCAAAAAUAAAUUGGAGUCAGAGGGAGAUAAGAAGUACCCCUGUCCUGAAUGUGGAAGCUUUUUCAGAUCCAAGUCCUAUCUCAACAAACAUAUACAGAAAGUUCAUGUUCGUUCCCUGGGGGCCCCAUUAGGGGACUUGGGCCCUGCACUGGGAUCUCCCUUUUCACCCCAACAGAACAUGUCUCUUCUGGAAUCAUUUGGGUUUCAGAUCGUUCAGUCUGCAUUUGCAUCCUCCCUAGUGGAUCCAGAGGUCGACCAGCAACCAAUGGGGCCAGAUGGAAAAUGAAGGCCAACUUUAACUUUAACAAAGCAGCAGUCUGUUUUAUGUAUAAUUAUAAAAUGGCUGUGAACAAGGAGGGAAGUAACAGAAUCCAGUUUUGUAGCUGAGGCAUUUUUAAUACCCUUAGGUUCCUUCCUUUACUUGUUCUCCUCUCCUCUAAAUCUUCCCUGGGUGGAGAACGUUGGUCACCUGACGAUUUGCAGGGUGUCUGCAUGACAGUGAAUUGAUGACCUUCAGGGCCGCAGCGCAGGCAGAAUUUGUGCAAACCAUCCAAGAGGUCUGUGGAUGACCCAGCUUGGAACCAGGAAAGAAUGAAAAGCCACACACACUGGUUUGACAAUUUUAAAGAACCCAAGUUGAUCCGGCAGAGAGAGCUCACCUUCUUGAUACCCUUGAUCCUCUCUUUCUCUCUGCCCCGUAACCCUUUCCUGAGAUUCUCAUAUUAGCAUCAUCGACUCAUAAAAACACACCCUGUGGUAUCUAGUAGAUAAAAGUGCCGUUGUUCCUUUUACAAAACAGAAAUCAAGUUUUUGUUUUUUAAUUUAUUUUUGUUUUUAAAGAACACAGAUUC